AUGUUAUAUGCGGAUGAUUCAAUCUUCGUGGGUGAAUGGGAGGAAAGCAACGUAAAAUGCCUCAAUAGAAUCCUUCGAAUUUUCUACCUUUUAUCUGGCUUAAAAGUGAACCAACGCAAAAGUCAGCUUUACGGUGUGGGAAUACAGGAGGAGGAAGUAGAAGGUAUGGCAUCGGUAUUUAAUUGUAAGCCUGGAAAGUUUCCGUUUAUAUAUCUAGGGUUGAAGGUGGGUGCAAACAUGAACAAAAUAGCGAAUUGGAAAGAAGUUAUUGAAAUGUUUAAUAAAAGACUCUCAAACUGGAAGGCAAAGAACCUGUCAUUCACUGGUAGGGUCGUACUAGUGAAAUCAGUGCUCGACAACUUACCCAAUUAUUAUUUAUCUUUAUACAAGUGCCCUAUUGGAGUACUGAAGAUACUGGAAGGAAUUCAGAGGAAGUUCUUAUGGGGCGGAAACAAUAAAAAUAACAAGAUAAGAUGGGUGAAAUGGGAAAAGAUUGUAGCAUUAAAGGAUUUUGUAGGACUCGGCAUAGGAAACAUUAGAGACAUGAACUUGGCCCUGUUGGCCAAAUGGUGGUGGAGACUGAAAACGGAGCCAGAAAACUUAUGGGUAAAUGUGAUAAAGUUGAUUCAUACCAGUCAAAGGAAGAUGGAGCAGAUACCCAUAAAGAAAUCCAUGCCUGGAGUAUGGAAAAAUAUUGGUGAAAUAGGAAAGGAGUUCUCAAAAAACAAUAUCGACAUCGUCGUAAGUUUAAGAAGCAAGGUGGGGAUGGGAAAUAAUACAAUGUUUUUGGUUGAUACAUGGCCAGCUUACAACCAGAAAAAAGGCAUUGGUAAGAGAGUGUUAUCAGGUUAUCAAUGGUGGGAUAAUCUGGGAUUGGGCGUGGGAAAGGAUUCCAAGUACGGGAAUCGAACUAAGGGAGUUACAGAGUCUAAAUAUUCUUUUGCAACAACAGCUUAUGACUUUGAGUGGAAUCGAUGGACUACCAACAAAAGCUUAAUGUUCGUUUGGAGGGCAAUGGAGGAGAAAAUCCCUACGGUGACAGCUCUAAGAAGCAGAGGGAUGAACAUUAGAUGUAACGUGCAGGUUAUGCGGGGCUGCAGACGAAACAGCAGCCCACAUCCUAAUUCAGUGUAA